GCUAGAGAGAUGGCGCGGCACCCGACCGGAGCGCAAGGACAGUUGGUUGGUGGUGGGGGGGCUUGAAUUAUAAAGAGAAUCAGAAAAUUAAGAGAGUAAUUGUUUUUUAAAAAUAUCAAGCAAAGGGGGAUUCGGAAGAGGAGUUUUCAUUCUGCAAAACAGCGUGCGAGGUAGGGGAAUAAUGAAAUAGGUGAAUGUAAGGACAGAGAAGAGGCAAUAGCAAAGGAGGCUACUGCAAGAAAAAAACAACAACAAAAGAAAUUUGAACUUUUACUGGACGUGAGGACUUCUGGACAUCAGCUAACUGGGGUAGGUCAGAUAGAUGGUUUGUCCACAGCGCUGCCCGGAUCAUGAACGCACAGCUGUCGAUGGAGAAUAUUGGCGACCUGCACGGAGUGAGCCAUGAGUCCGUGUCCGGUCACGGAGAGCUGCUGAGUGGCCACAGUCCACAUUCCCGUCCGAGCCCCAGGGGUUUAAGCCACCGUGCUAUGGGCAUGGCGACCCUGCUCGACACCGGAGACUAUCACCCCAGCCACUCUGGACACCUGCAUCCAGCCAUCAGCAUGUGUGAAGCCCCCCCUGGCAUGAGCGCGAGCAGCACUUACACUACCCUAACCCCUCUGCAGCCCUUACCCCCCAUCUCCACCGUGUCCGACAAGUUUCCUCCCCAUCAUCACCACCACCAUCCACAUCAUCCUCACCCGCACCCGCACCAGAGGAUCCCCGGAAAUGUCAGCGGCAGUUUCACGCUGAUGCGAGAGGACCGGAGUCUGGCGCCUAUGAACAGUCUAUAUCCCGCAUAUCAUCACAAGGAUCCGUGCAUGGGCCAGAGCCUCUCCCCGUUAUCCGGUUCCGGUCUGGCCAGCAUACACACGUCCCAGGCUGGCAUCCCCCCCUACGCUCAUCCUGGUGCCGCUAUGCCUGGUGAGAAGAUGCUCACCCCGAGCGGGUUCGAGGCUCACCAUCCGGCCAUGCUCAGCAGACAUGCGGAGCAGCACAUGAGCUCCUCAGCUGGUAUGGUACAAAUCAACGGCCUCCAUCACCAUCCGCACGCCCACCUAGGCGCGCAGGGCCACGGCCAAGUGCUGGGGAACAGCCGGGAGCAGGCCUCCGGGCCCGGGCAGCAAGGGGGCGGCGGUGGAGGGGGUGGUGUUUCUGGGGGACAGAUGGAGGAGGUGAAUACCAAAGAGGUGGCGCAGAGGAUCACCACAGAGCUGAAGCGCUACAGCAUCCCUCAGGCCAUCUUUGCCCAGCGGGUCCUGUGCAGGUCCCAAGGGACCCUGUCCGACUUGCUGCGAAACCCCAAACCCUGGUCCAAGCUUAAGUCCGGCAGAGAGACCUUCCGUCGCAUGUGGAAAUGGCUGCAGGAGCCUGAGUUCCAACGCAUGAGUGCGCUCAGGCUCGCAGGUGAGCGAAGCCUCGCAUGUAAGCGUAAGGAACAGGACCACGGCAGAAGCGAGCGGGGAAAUGUGACCAAGAAGCCCCGGCUUGUGUUCACAGAUGUGCAGCGGCGGACACUCCAUGCCAUCUUCAAAGAGAACAAGCGUCCAUCCAAAGAGCUGCAACUCACCAUUGCUCAGCAGCUGGGCCUCGAGCUGGCUACAGUCAGCAACUUCUUUAUGAACGCACGCCGCCGGAGCCUAGAUAAGUGGGUGGAUGACGGCUCUGGUCACUCAGCCAACUCUGGCCCCAACGCCUGCACCAAAGCCUGAAGAAGGACUGAUUUGACCAACUCAUGGACUGACUCAACCUCGGUGGAAAAGCUUUAAAACUUAAGAGAAACAAAGAAAACUUAAAAAAGACCUUGAAGCAACGUUUUGCCCUUAAACCUGUACUAUAUUGAUAUUUAUAGUAUCCAAAGAUGAAAAAACAAACCAAAGACUUCUCCUUUGACCUGCUUUACAAUGUUUGUUUUAGCAACACAUUUAUGUGUAACAUACUGCAAAAAGACUAUAGUUUUACUCCCCCUCACACACACACACUCGCUGUCACUGGUCUCUAGCUUUAUUACACCCUCCCCUCACCUCCCCACCCAGUAUGAAUCUAUCAUUCGCCACUGUUAUCUUUAAUCUGAUUGGUUGGUUUUGAUGAUGGGUCCCUAAACAGAGGUUUAAUCAGCCUCUUGGCAGUCUGAUCUGCAGUUGUCCAUGGCCUCGAAAACAGCCAGAAUGUGGAGCUCCAGUGGGAUUGGCCAAUCAACUUUAAAGAAAAAAAAAUCCCGCAGGAGAGACUGGAUUGUUGUGCAACCUUGUUCGGAUCAGUGGAGCGGACUGUCUGACUGUUUGUCCAACUGUCUGUCUUUCUAUCAAGCAUUCCAGACAGACAGGGAAAUGUCCAUGCGUAGACUGCUAACCCUAAAACCAAAAGGUCCAACCCUAAACCAAACCAAAUAGAAAAAAAUGCCUAACCUCAACCCACACGGUAGUGCUUUCUUCCAACAUGCUGAGGCAUUGAAUAAUUCAAAAAAGAAAAACCAAAGCCUUCUACACCUUGAAGCCUCUUUUGCAGUUUAGAAAUCAAACCACUUAAGAACAUCCUAUGAAGUAAUUUGACCAAAGAAUAUAUUUUGUAGUUGAUAAAAGUAUUUUUUACCUGUUUUCCUCCCUUACCUCCUGAGACAGACUGUUAGUGUGCUCCACGAAGAAGGAAAUCAUACUUCUCCUUCUCCAUAGAACAUUUUGAGUCAUGUUUAAAUAUUUGCUCCCUGCAAACGGAAAUACUCUAUGGUAUAACCCUAAAAAUUAACUAUUGAUAUUUGCCUUAUAGAUGCCUUCUUGGAAAGAAAUAGACUAUACCACUUUUAACUUCGCAGACACUCUCCUGAAUUAUGAUCAUUGUACUCAAUGUUAAGGUUAGUCAUUACAGCUACAUCUAAUCCUUCUAAUCUGCUUAGCUAAUGCCAGCAGGUUUAGUUCUACUUUAUGUGUUCAAAAUCCAGCACCUGUCAAAGACAAAUCUCUUCAGUUUUCUAUGUAAAACACAAGCUACUGGAUCUAUGUGUGGUUUUGACACUGUGUGAGGGAGACAGACAGCCUCUGGUGGUGCUUUUUAAUAAGCACUUCAUAUGUAUUUGAUUUUAUCUCCUCAUCAAAGAUGUUGGGCGGAGGAGAUGAUAUCAAUGAUCAAAUCACUUUCAGGCGCUUACACAGCAAUGUCAGCUUGUCACCUGAAUACGAAAGCACCCCCGCUCCCUGCCUGCUGCCAAUCCACCCUGCACUCCCUCCCCUCCCUGCCUCAGCUCUCCUAGUAAGCUAUGCAUUUCAGCACUAGGAGGAAAGCACUACACAGGGCUGGCCCAGGGCAGCAUAGCAUUAGAUAUAUUACGCUGGCCCCUUGCCGUCAUCCUCCUCAUGGCCAGGGUUAGCAGCUCUACAUUCAUCAGAACAAGCGCUGAAGGAGAGGCAAGAGAGAGCUGCUUCUUCUUUAUCUCUGAGAGAAAAACCAAAAAGACGACAAGAAACCAAAAAAAAAAUGUGUCAAGACCUGCUGAUGUUUUAUAGUGUGAACCAAAGAUGCUACCUCACUCAAGUUCCAUACGUGAUUUUUAUCACUUUGAUGAUACCAAAGAUAACCAAAGAUUUUUUCUCAUUGCACGGCCUCUAUGAGUGGUGUUCAAAGAUGUGAUGUAUGUGUCCCCUCCCCCCUAUCUCCUGUCUCUUUUUCCCUUCUCCUUUCUCCUCCUCUUUCUCCCCCUCCCACCUGCACUCAACCCAUGCACCCCCGCUAUGCGUGCUCUUGCUUCAUCUGUGCUCUGAUUACAGCUCCAUAGAUAGUCAUACUGAUGUAGCUAUAGGCAGAUGUGCUGAACUAGCCUUAGAUACACACAAUCAGCCAUGCAGGUGCCUGUGGGGUACAACUACCUUAUUAGUAAUGUGAUCAGUGGAUGUUCAUAACAGAAACACAUUACUGUCUACCACUUUGUUGACAGAAAAGGCUUUUAGUUUGGUUCAUUAAUGAUUUUAAAUUUGCAUCUGAAGCCUUACCCCACCAGAGCUCUCAGUGUUGCAGCUUUAUUUCCACCUGGCCUGCCUGUUAGUGUGUAUCUAUAGGCUGAUAAUAUUGAUCCAACAAAUAGGUCAGACAUCUUCACCUUACAACAGGCAGACAACCUGACAUAGCCAUGGGCAGAGUUGAUGACUCAACUAUAGGCAGACAUGUUCCUGAAAGUAGAAGCAGACGUGUUGCAAUCUUUCUAAAACUCCCAGGACGAGUGCCUUGCUUGAACCAAAGUGUUAAACCGCUGUUGACCUCUCACCUUUGACUCUGUGAAUACCUCAGCCUGUAGAAGGGCCACUACUGAAGAAACAAUGAGAAGAUUUUUUUCUUUAAUCACACCGUGGUGCUUUCGCCAGCGCAACCAUGCAAUGAAAACAUACCAAAGGAAUUUUUGUUGUCCACUUCUACAGUUUAAACCAAAGGUCUUUGUUUAUCCUCUCCCCUGCCCGCCCUUUAUCCCUCCAUCCCUCUUUCCCUUAACCUUGCUUGUCUCUCUGCUGUGUGUAGGAAGGUCCAGCACUCUGGCCGUGCAUGUCUUUACCAAUGUGUCUGAAUACCUCAUAGUAAUAAUUCCUUUGAGUUCUGCAUUGAGACGUCUAUCUGUGAGUUAGGCAGAACUCCACUUGUGUGGUAAUUGUUAUUGUUACUUCAAAAAGCUGUAUGAUUAUCUAUUUUGAAGUUGCUGUUUUUUGUUCUGUUUUGUUUUUUGGCAGAAGUGCUCUGUUUCAAGACAUGGAGGACAAGUUUCAGGGUUGAUGUAGGAAACUUUUGGGAUGGAGGGAGAAGCGUAUUUUUUAUCAGACACUGGGUUAUGCCAAUAUUAUGAUGGUAGACUAUUGCUUUUACAGGGUAAAACCAACUGCUGUGAUAUUGUGUUCAUAUUUUCCCUUUUCUCUACUUCUGUGUUGUGAUUUUAAUUUAAUUGCAUUUUUGUAUUGGUUAACCACUACUUUAAUUUAUGCAUUUGUAGAAACUCUAGAUUUGUAUAUAGUAGGUUUUUGGAAAAAAGAAAAGAAACAAAAAAGACCAUUUAUGUUACAGCCUUAUUUCCCAUGCUUAGAUAUAACAAAGGAGUAGUUUUUAUUCUUCUUCAGCUAAAUCCUAGCCGGCAUUUCAAUGUGUGUUUUAAACACUGCCAGAAACCAAGACAGUUGAUUUGCCAAUGCAGACAAAGUUAUACAGGAGCUACUUUGUUGAACAGCUGGCAAAAAGCAGUGUGUACGUGUGUGUGUUUUUCUAUUCUUUUGACUUUUUAAAAACACUUAUUUUAUGGGUAUUACUGCACAUCCAAAGAUUUUUAAAACAAACCAAAAAUUGGAAAAAAAAAAAUAUGUAUAAUGUUGAAAAGCACUGGCAUUUGUGAGGUAGACUUGUUGAGUUUUGAUUUGCCAUUCGCACGGGUAUAGAAUGUAGAAGGCGUAGGGCUAUGUAGGCAAGCUUACUCUACCAUGUGGGGAAUCUCCUGUUCAAUGUACAAUCUGAAGCAUUUGAAACGAGGGCUGCAAGCCCUGCUCACUUUGCUGUCUCAUACACAGAGUGAGGUGGAGUUUAGGCUGGGCAGCCGGUCUGCCAGGGGCUGUGCCGCGGAGCUGGGUCUGUUUUUAUUGCCGUGGCACCGCCGCCUUGCUCCAUCUAGUAUCUGUUCUUUUGGUACGUACUCGUGUAAUGACUAUAAGCAAAGUCUAAUAAAACUGCAAAGAACCUUACCAAGGAAUCCGUGUGCGAGUGUGUAUGGGGACGAUUAUUCGGAUUGCUCUUCUGUUUUUCUGUCUGUGAAUGUGAGCGUGCACCUCAAAUGUCAAGUACUGCUGAAGUAUGCAAGUUUGUAUGUGAGCUCAUUUGCAUGCAUCUCGUUGAUUCUGUCGUUGCCCAUUGUCUAAUGUGUUUGUACUGCAUAUUGUCAAGCUUUUUGCUGAUGUGUAUGCAUGUGUGUGGCUGACUGGUACAUUUUAAAACAGUAGGUCUCUGGGUAUCAGAGGCCCCACUGUUAGUACUGUUUCCUCUCUGUCAUGUUCAGACAGCACAGAGUCUCCACGGACUAAGGGGUCAUCACCAAAAUGUCCAUGACAGAUUACAUCAGGAUGUUAUGCAUUCAUUGUGUCUUGAAUGAAUAAGUACAGGUGCUUUAAUUUUACAUAAAAAGCCCUGUAUAUUGAACAAAAGGAUAAUGCAGCGUGGACCUAUGUUUUCCUGUUUCCUAAUUCAUCUCUUAUUAUUUGUUUUGCCCAUAAGGAGUUCCCAUAUGAUGGGUAGCUUGGCUACAAGUCUCAUAAUAAUACUGCAGCACCUAAGACAAUCAUCUGGAUCUCUUACGCUGGGGAACUAGUUUCCCACCCGCAGAGGGGUGUCCUCCAGCUAUUCAUAUACAAAGAUGCUUGAAGGGUUUUGAUAAACAAGCAUAUUUGUUGUCAUAGACAUUUAGGAAUAAAUUACAGUAGAAGUUCAUUUUGCACUUGCAUUUCAAAAUGAAAUCUCCUUGCUCUUGUCAGCUUUGUGCUCUUGUCAGACUCAAUCUCUUUCUUUUGACCUCCUUAUCAACUCACAGUGCUUCUUCAGUUUUUAGUCUGCGUGUCAGUGUGUGUGUGUGUGUGCGUGUUUGUGUGUGUGUGUGUGUGCGCGCGUGCGUGUGUGUAUGCCAGAGAGGCAAUACUGUCGGUGUUACUCUCAGAUGUAAAACUCCACGUCUCAUGACUUGAUUUGUCAUUGCUGUUUCCCAGGCUUUGCUACUGCUUUCUCAGUGCCGUGCAAUAUCAUCUGUUGUGAUUGCUAAGCAAAUGAUAAAAAAGAAAGAAAAUUGAGAAGCAAGUGAUGAUGUCAUUCAGCUUUUUUCAGUGUUCAAAUGUUUCAACAUUUCUGUAGUCACAAAAAGUAGAAAAUAAACUGUUGGUAUUUCCAGCUUCUGAA